UUGUCUCUUGCCAGACAGCCACAUGACUAAUUCUUGGACAGAGAUGAUAUAUUAAGGGGUGUGUGUGUAUGUAUAUGUAUACAUAUAAGUCAAAAGAUAUGCUGCAAAAGAAGAGUGUCUGCCUUUGCUAGCUCUAGCCCACCUUGUAUCCCCUUCUCUUAAAUUGUCAAUUCUUCCCAAGAUUCCUUCUAUACCUUGAGAGUAGAAGCCAUGGAAACUUCCCAACCUCUUUCUAUUGAAAGCUUCUCAUACAGUUGGUUAGUGAACCUGAGGCCAUCACUAGAAAGCCUAGAUAACUCCCUAAGAACUUCCCUUGAUGCAUCUGAUGAAGCUUCCUUCAUUGAGAUGGACCCAAGAAUGACACCCUCUAAAAGAUUCUUUAUGAACUCACAGGACUCCAAAUUUGACUUCCCAAUUUCACAGUCCCCUCUCAAUCUUGUCCAUGCAGAUGAGCUCUUUUCCAAUGGCUACCUCAUGCCACUUUUUGUUGAAUCAUUGCAAAUGGAAGAGUAUGAGUCCUCAGACUCCAACACAAGCCUAGUAUCAUCUUCACAUGCACCAAAGAGUGAGGCUCCUACAGGCCCUUCUAGAUGCCUUUCCUUGAAAAGGUGCAGAACAUUGUCAAGGAGAGUAUUUCAUAAGUACAUGGAUUUCUUGAGGCCUUUGUAUAGAAGGCUGAGGGGUCACAAAUCAAGUACUGAAAGUGUUGCUAAAAGGGCUGAGGCUGUGAAGAAUAGGAGAUACUAUUCAGACACAUCACCCCGGAUUAGUGUAGCCUUUUCUGCUGAUGAUUGGCGCUACUCUUGUGAUUCUGAAAGCUCAAUAUACGAGGCAGUUCUUCAUUGCAAAAGAUCCAUUGGAAAUGAGAGAAUGAGUUAAGAAAGCUGCAAAAGGGGAAGGAGAAGAUGAAGAUAAAUGAGAAGGGAUUAAAUUUGAUCCACUGUCACUGUAAAACCUUUAUACCAAGGAAAAAGAUAGCACUUUAUUGUUGUUGCUAAGCUUUUGUGGAAGUUUUUAACCAUCUUUUCAGUAGGUGCAUUUGAUGGUUCACUAAUAGUACACGUCAGUAGAUUCAAAUUAAAUUAAAAAGAAAAAAGAAAAAAGAGAAAAAUGGAAGAGAAAGAAUAAUAGUCACAUGUGACUGUGAGAUGAAUAUGCAUGAAGCCAAAUUAUCAUCAGCCACUCAUCCUGUCCCUAUUCUCCUCUGCCUAAAUGAUAAAGGAAUGUCAUAGGGAAAUGAGAUGUGGUUAGUCAUUAGUCAAGCUUUUUGCACUCAAAUUGUGGGGAAAAAAAAGAAAAAAAGAAUCUGCUUCCCUAUUUUAGUAAAA